UUUGUUUCUGUCAUGUUCUACUGGUUACAAAGCAGCCCUUCUGUGUGGGAGGAUCAACCUAAAGGCAGGAACACCGAUAGACGCGGGUCCCUGGGGGCCGUUCUGAAGGCUGGCUACUAUGGAAGGUCUGACAGUAAAAACUUGGAUGAGGGAGAGAGUAUCCUCACAUCCAUCCUUGUGUGGUAACCAUUGUCUGCAUCACUAUAGGAGAGUUGAAUCCCAGUAGGGAUUUAUCCCAGUAGGUGGCAGCACUUGUCCACAUCCUGCCCUUCACUCAAGCAUGUAUAGACUGCCUACUUUGUGACAGAUCCUACAGGCUGGAUACUCAAAGACCAAAAAGACAUGUUCCUGCCCAUGCAGAGUUUACAGCUGAGUGAAUCAACUCUUGCAGUGGACUCUGAGUUCAAGGCGCAAGGUGGAGAACACGUCGGCUUCAAAAGCAGAAGGAAGCAAAGGUUGUUCCUCAGCUGUGGCUACAUCUUCUGCUUGAGAUGCAUGCAAAGACGAUCCCAGUCCUCUGGGGAUGUUUCUUCCUGUGGAAUCUCGGCAUCUCAUCCUCUCAGACCACUUACCCUGGAAUCAAGGCAAGGGCUACCCAGCGGGCCCUGGACUAUGCUGUUCAAGCUGGGAUGGAGAUGAUUGAACAAAUGGUCAAGGAAAGGAACAUCCCAAAUAUAAAUGGUUCUGAGUCUCUUGAAUUUCUAAAGGUUGAUUAUGUGAACUACAAUUUUUCAAACAUAAAAAUCAAUGCCUUUUCAUUUCCAAAUACUUCAUUAGCCUUUGUGCCCGGAGUGGGAAUCAAAGCGCUGACCAACCAUGGCACUGCCAACAUCAGCACGAAUUGGGAAAUCAAGUCUCCACUCUUAUGCGGAGGAGCUGAUCUCUUUCUCUCGGCGAUCUACUUUACUGGAUUGUUAUCCUGACCCGAGAUGUCCUCUGGUCACAACCUGAAGCUCCAGGACUGCUGAUGCCCAGUGAGCCACGCCCACGUCUCAUUUUCUGGAGAGCUCAGUGUCCUAUACAACUCCUUUGCUGAGCCCAUGGAAAAACCUAUUUUAAAGAACAUAAAUGAAAUGCUCUGUCCCAUUAUCACAGGUGAGGUUGAAGCUCUAAACGCCAAUCUGAGCGCACUGGAAGUUUUAACCAAGAUUGACAACUAUACUCUGCUGGAUUAUUCCCUAAUCGAUUCUCCAGAAGUUACUGAAAACUACCUUGACCUGAAUUUGAAGGGCGUGUUCUACCCGCUGGAAAACCUCGCCGACCCCCCCUUCUCACCAGUUCCUUUCGUGCUCCCAGAAGGCAGCGACUCCAUGCUCUACAUUGGAAUCUCCGAGUAUUUCUUUAAAUCUGCGUCCUUUGCUUACUUCUCAGCUGGGGCUUUCAACGUCACCCUCUCCACCAAAGAGAUUUCCAACUACUUCGUUCAAAACUCUCAAGGCUUUGGCAACGUCCUCUCCCGGCUCGCGGAGAUAUACAUCCUGUCCCAGCCCUUCAUGGUGCAGAUCAUGGCCACGGAGCCCCCCGUGAUCAGCUUGCGGCCGGGCAACUUCACCCUGGACAUCCCUGCCUCCAUCAUCAUGCUCACUCAGCCCAGGAACUCCACGGUGGAAACCAUCGUUUCCAUGGACUUUGUUGCUAGUACCAGUGUUGGCCUAGUUAUUUUGGGACAAAGACUCAUCUGCUCCUUGUCUCUGAACAGAUUCCGCCUCUCUUUGCCAGAGCCCAAUCGCAGCAAUAUUGAGGUCUUGAAAUUUGAAAAUAUUCUGUCCUCCAUUCUUCACUUUGGAGUCCUCCCGCUGGCCAAUGCAAAAUUGCAGCAAGGAUUCCCUCUGCCCAACCCACACAAAAUCUCACUUGUCAAUUCAGAUAUUGAAGUUCUUGAGGGUUUCCUUUUGAUUUCCACCGACCUGAAGUAUGAAACAUCCUCAAAGCGGCAGCCAAGCUUCCAUGGUUGGGAAGGUCUGAACCUGAUAAGCAGACAGUGGAGGGGGAAGCCAGCCCCUUGAUUUCCAUUUGCACUGUACCUGGGGAAUACAUGGCCCUUAAUCCCACAGCUACUGUGAACCCAGAGAGGGAAGACAGCACACACUGCGAUUUUAAAGCCCUUGUGAAUUGCUUAAGCAGAAAGUUUUCCUUCUCAAGCCUUCAGGGACCUGGAACGUGGCAAGCUGUGUUAAUGGGCUGAAUAGAGGUGUUUGAAUGUGAGUGUAUGCAUGCGUGUGUGCCUGUGUUUAUAUGUGUUUGUUUGGGACAAAAAAGAUUCUGAGACCAGAGCUAGGCGUGUACUUCUGACCAGGUGGGUAAGAAACUCUCGAGUCCAUAUUUAUAUUGAUUGUAUUUGUAUUGGGGCAGAUCCCUCUAGCUCUCUAGGGCUUUUCCCUUACCUGUAUAUUAAAUAUUAUGUUUUUCUGUUUUUUGUUUCCCAUCCCCACCCCAGAGCCUUCAGAUAAAAUGGAUGUUAUGUUUUA